AAGAGACUAUCAAGCAUCUUCACCAUCAAUCAACAUCUCCAUCUCUCUCAUGAAUUAGGUUCUUCUUAGUCGCCUUACCACCAUUGCAAUUGAAUAGAUGGUAUAUGAUGUAAAGAAUAAGACCAAAUAUAAAGAAAACAAAGAGUUCGUUAACCUCCUAAGUCAUUUUUCUUAAAAUAAAUAAAAGAAGAAAGAGGGGCACAUCUGGAAUAAGGAAUAUGCAGCAUUUAAAAGACAAUAAUUCCCACGUGUACCCCAAAUAUAUAACGUCAUAAACCAUAAUACAAGCUUUGCGCGCUUAAUGCAUGUUGAUGCCGCCUCCCCCCUAUAUUUUUCACCUUCCCCAAACCCUCACAAUUUCUCCCAAAUUCAAACCCUUAAUUUUCAUAUUUCUCACAUCAGUCAUUACAACGGGAUUUAACCUGUUUAUUGCAUUCUUCUUCUCGUUGAGAUCCAUAAAUUUGCUGAGGAAAAAAAGGUGGUGUUUGGUCUUGGAUAAAGAACAUGGCUAGUCUUUCAGAUAUUGCUGUAUCUGCUGCUAUUAACUGUUUGUCUGCAGUACUAUUUCUGGUGGCAUUUGCAAUUUUACGGCUUCAACCCAUCAAUGAUAGAGUUUACUUCCCAAAAUGGUAUCUCAAGGGCAUAAGAGAUAGUCCAACUAGUUCAGGAACUUAUGUAAAGAAGUUUGUUAAUCUAGAUGUCAAAAUGUACCUAAAAUUCUUGAAUUGGAUGCCUGCUGCCUUAAGAAUGCCAGAACCUGAGCUUAUCGAGCAUGCUGGACUUGAUUCUGCUGUGUAUGUUCGAAUAUAUCUUCUUGGCUUGAAAAUAUUUUGCCCCAUCACUCUUCUUGCAUUUGGUGUUUUGGUACCUGUUAAUUAUACGGGGGAGAAUUUCGAGGAAAUGAGAGUAAAUAGGCGAGAUCUAACUUACAAUGAUAUUGACAAGCUCUCGAUAUCCAAUGUUGCUCCUGGAUCGAGAAGGUUAUAUGCCCAUAUAGUAAUGGCUUACGUCUUCACAUUAUGGACAUGCUACGCCCUUUACAAUGAAUACAGGAUUGUAACAAAAAUGAGGCUUCAUUUUCUUGCUGCUGAAAGACGUCGCCCUGAUCAAUUUACAGUUCUUGUGAGAAAUGUUCCUCCAGACGAUGAUGAGUCUAUUAGUGAGCAUGUUGAACAUUUCUUCUGUGUUAAUCACCCUGAUCAUUAUCUUUCACAUCAGGUGGUGUACAAUGCAAAUGCUCUUGCAGAUAUGGUGAUAAUGAAGAAGACUUUGCAAAAUUGGCUUACUUACUACACCAACAAGUUUGAGAGAAACCCUAAUAAAAGGCCAACUACCAAGACAGGUUUUUUGGGUCUUUGGGGAAAACAUGUGGAUGCGAUUGAUUUUUAUACACAACAAAUCGAGGCUCUAAGCAAAGAAGAGGAAGCAGAAAGAGAAAGGGUGUUGAAUGAUGCAAAUGCAAUUGUACCUGCAGCAUUCGUUUCAUUUAAAUCGCGAUGGGGUGCAGCUGUUUGUGCUCAAACACAACAAUCAAACAAUCCCACAAUUUGGCUCACAGAUUGGGCCCCUGAACCACGUGAUGUUUACUGGGACAAUCUUCGCAUACCAUAUGUGGAACUUAAACUUAGAAGAUUGCUAAUGUCUGUUGCUCUAUUUGGUCUUACCUUCUGCUUUAUGGUCCCUAUAGCCUUUGUUCAAACUCUGGCUAAUAUCGAGUCAAUUCAGAAGUAUCUUCCCUUUAUGAAGCCUCUUAUUGAAAUUGAAUCAGUGAAGGCUAUCAUUCAAGGUUACCUUCCUGGAAUUAUACUAAAAAUAUUUCUGAUUCUUCUUCCAACAAUCAUAAUGACGAUGUCAAAAAUAGAGGGGUUUACUGCAUUAUCGGCUUUGGAGACUCGUUCAGCUGGAAAAUAUUAUUUAUUUUUGCUUGUGAAUGUGUUUCUUGGAAGCAUCAUUACAGGAACUGCUCUUCAGCAACUUCAAGGAUUCUUGAAUCAGUCCCCAACCAUGAUUCCACAAACUGUUGGUGUAUCGAUCCCAAUGAAAGCCACUUUCUUCAUAACAUAUGUGAUGGUAGAUGGUUGGUCAGGCAUAGCAGCAGAGAUUUUGAGAUUGGUUCCUUUGGUGGUUUUUCACUUGAAAAACACGUUUUUGGUGAAAACAGAAAAAGACAGAGAACAAGCCAUGGAUCCUGGUUCCUUGACUUGGGCAAUAUCAGAGCCUCGCAUACAAUUAUACUUUUUGCUUGGAUUAGUCUACUCCACUGUCACCCCUAUUCUACUCCCGUUCAUUGUUGUCUUUUUUGCCUUCUCCUUUUUGGUUUUUCGCCAUCAGAUUAUCAAUGUGUACGAUCAGAAGUAUGAGAGUGGCGCGACAUUUUGGCCAGAUGUUCAUCGCCGGAUAAUCAUUGGAUUGAUACUUUCACAGUUUCUGUUCUUGGGAUUGCUCAACACCAAAAAGGCAUACAACGCAACAUAUUUCCUGAUUCCACUUCCUAUCUUGACCUUCUGGUUUUUUAGAGUUUGCAAGGGGCGCUUUGAAUCUCAAUUCAAGAAAUUCCCGUUAGAGGAUGCGAUGAAAAAAGACACACUAGAGAAGGCAACAGAACCAAACCUCAACAUAAAAACGUAUCUGCAAGAUGCAUACGUGCACCCGGUUUUCAAGGGUGCAAUAGAGUUUGAGAGACCGAGGGUGAUUGAUGAGGAAGAAAACAAUCCACUGGUGUUGACAAAGAGGAGUUUUCAUAGACAUCAUCAUGGUAAACAAAAACAAGAAGAAGAAGAAGACACUUCUGAGGACAGAAUGGAGACGUUGUCGUCCAAGGGAGGUUCUACUUCUAAAGCAGGUCCGACAGUGAUAACGGCGCAGGACAAGCUGUGACUAAUUUGCGUAUGUUAUGUUGUGUAUUAGUAUAUGUAAAUCUAGGAACUCAGUUAGUUGAUAUAGCGAGUCUGAGUCUGAGUCGAGUCAAUUAAUUGUGUACAGUUAAUUAACCUACCCAAUCAAAUACCACUUAACAGUUAACACUUAA